AUGCAUCGCGUGCAAAUUCACGCGCGUGAUCUCCGUAUUCUUGACCCUCUUCUAUCCUAUCCCUCCACCAUUCUUGGUCGUGAAAAAGCCAUUGUUCUCAAUUUGGAGAUUUUGCUUCGCGAUCCAUUGGAUGACAAAGUUGCCCCCAUUGUGGAGGAACUUCGAAGGCGAUUGAAACCGGUAAAUGCUGAUGAUGGAGAUAAUAUAAGUGGCAGAGAGUCAGUUCCCCAGCAUGAUCUUGAUACAGGGGAAGAAGACGAGUCUCCAUUUGAAUUUAGGGCCCUGGAGGUUGCUUUAGAAGCCAUUUGCAGUUACCUUGCUGCCCGCACAAUAGAAUUGGAGAUGGCUGUCUUCCCUGCUUUAGAUAUGCUAACAGAAAAGAUUAGUAGCCGUAACUUAGACCGACUACGCAAGUUAAAAAGUCAGAUGACUCGGUUGACUGCUCGAGUGCAGAAGGUAAGGGAUGAGCUAGAAAAACUUUUGGAUGAUGAUGAUGAUAUGGAUGAACUUUACUUGUCACGAAAGUUGGUUGGUGCAUCUUCAUCUUUAAGUGGAUCAGCUGCUUUUCUUCACUACUCUCCAAGUAUGGGCUCAAAACCAUCGAGAGCUAGCAGGGCUAGUGUUGCUACAGCUCUUGGUGAUGAGAAUGAUGUUGGGGAGGUCGAGAUGUUAGUUGAGUCUUACUUCAUGCAGAUUGAUGGCACGUUAAACAAGUUAACUACGAUACGUGAAUAUAUUGAUAGUACAGAAGACUACAUAAACAUUCAGCUCGACAACAAGCGAAAUCAGCUGAUUCAGCUAGAACUCAUUCUCAGUUCAGGAACUUUAAGCUUAUCAAUAUAUUCCUUGGUAGCUGGAAUUUUUGGUGUAAACAUCCCAUAUACUUGGAAUACUGGUUAUGGAUAUUUGUUUAAAUGGGUGGUAAUCAUCACGGGGAUUUUCUGUGCCGUAGUUUUUAUAUUGAUCAUGUCUUAUGCGCGAUAUAAAGGACUUGUUGGAUCAUAAACUGCAUAAUUCAUGGUAAGAGGAACAUCCAGUUCUGAUAGACCAUGCCAAAACAUCUGGAUUUUCUUGGCAAACGAAAUUGAAAGUGAUAAUCGGCACUAUUAUUAUUAACUUG